AUGGCUAAAUUCCAACUUCCCUUGCCGAUUAUUCCGGAAGAACUGCUACAAGAAAUCUUCCUGCGUAGUAGUGCCAAAGCUGUAGGGAGAUGUAUGUGCUUGAAUAAAUUCUGGCACCGACAGCUACGCCAACCAGAGACAUGCAUACACCACAUGCGAAGGCAGAAAGUGUUAGAUCAACAUGUUUUGUUUCAUGUUGGAUACUCGCUACUGUUAAUGGGUUCAGAUUCACUAUAUAUAGUGAAUGCUGCUUCUGGAGAAGUGCAUGUUCAGCAACCUUUCGGAGUUGGCAUCCAUGGUUGGUUUCGUAUUGUGGGAGUGUCAAACGGGAACAUAUGUUUCAAGUUCUCCCGUGAACAAGACGACACAAGACUUUUGGUAUGGAAUCCGACAACACAACGCUCUAGAGAAAUUUCCGACCCCCACAGGGACCACGGUAGAUCGUAUUUCCCAGUAUAUGGUUUCGGUCAUGUUCCUAACUCAGAUGCAUACACAAUCAUACAUAUGUGCAAAAGGGACCUAGCUGAUGCCUACGUUUUUUUCUCUAGAUAUUAUUCAAGGCGUUCUACAUGGUUUCACUGCGUUGAUUGUCUCCCUGGAGAUAGCUAUGCUACACCCAAGUCUAUUUUAUGUUACAGUGUUGAAGAUGAAUCAUUUAGCGAGGUGUCUAUCCCAAUUGGUUUGAAAGAUCCAAAAUUAAGAGAAAUGGUGGCAUAA